AUGGGCAACGCAAAGAGAAGACCAAACUUCCUUGUCAUUGUCGCCGACGAUCUCGGCUUCAGUGACAUCUCUCCCUAUGGAGGUGAAAUUGAGACACCAACUCUUGCAAAGCUGGCCAAAGACGGCAUUCGUAUGACCAACUUCCACACAGCAUCUGCAUGCUCCCCGACUCGGUCAAUGCUGUUUUCCGGAACAGAUAACCACAUUGCCGGACUUGGACAAAUGGCAGAAUUCAUGCGAAACUUCGGAGAUCACUUCAAGAACAAACCCGGCUACGAGGGAUACCUAAACUGGCGAGUAGCAGCUCUAUCAGAAAUCCUGCAAGACUCGGGAUACCACACAAUAAUGUCUGGAAAAUGGCAUCUUGGAAUGACCAAGGAAAUUGCACCAUGCUCCAGAGGCUUUGACAAAAACUUCUCCUUGCUUCCAGGCGCAAGUAACCAUUACAACUAUGAGCCUCAGUUGGAAGACGGUGAAUUCCAGGCACCAUGUAUAAACACGACAGGAUUCUGGAUGGAAGGAGAGAAAAUCCUUGAUCGAACAGCAGAUCUCCCUAAGCAUUUCUAUUCAACUCGCACAUUCACCGAUAAGAUGAUAGGUUUCCUUGAGAAUCGCACAGAGGAGGAAUCGCAGAAGCCGUUCUUUGCUUAUUUACCCUAUACGGCGCCGCAUUGGCCUCUACAGGCUCCUCGGGAGAUUAUUGAGAAAUACGCGGGCAAGUAUGAUGACGGACCUGAUGCCUUGACACAGAAGAGGCUCCAAUGGCUUAAGGAGUUAGGACUGGUGGAUGGGGCUGUGGAACAUGCCUCUCCAGUUGGGAAACUUGGAAAAGACUGGAAUGAGAUGUCACCGGAAGAGAAGAAAAUUUCCGCGCGAAAGAUGGAGGUUUUCGCUGCAAUGGUUGAUCAACUCGAUGCCAAUGUUGGCCGGGUUAUUGAGUACCUUGAGUCUACUGACGAGCUGGACAAUACAUUCGUCUUGUUCAUGUCAGACAAUGGCGCGGAAGGCGCAGCUUUGGAGGCUCUACCGCUCAUGGGAGGCAAAAAGAUGAUGGGAGAUAUUAUUUCCAAGUAUUAUAAUAACGCACUGGAGAACAUUGGUGAGCCCGAUUCAUUUGUGUGGUAUGGUGCUCGUUGGGCCUGUGCCGCAACCGCCCCUUCACGAGGUUUCAAAGGGUGGGUAACUGAAGGUGGAAUCCGCUGUCCUUGCAUGAUCCGCUAUCCUCCAUUCCAUGCCAAACCCGAAGCCAUCACCAAUGCAUUCACUACGGUAAUGGAUAUCCUUCCAACCAUCCUGGACUUGGCCGGAGUAGCCCAUCCAGGCCCACAGUUCCGUGGACGAAAAGUCGUCCUUCCGCGUGGCCAGUCGUGGGUUUCACAUCUAGCCUCAAGCGACUAUAAAGCCACUAGCGUCCACAAAGAAGACGUCUAUAUUCAUGGAUGGGAGCUGUUUGGAAUGCGAGCGAUUCGGGAGGGCAAGUGGAAGGCAGUUUGGAUUGCUCAGCCCCGUGGGAAAGAUGAGUGGGAGCUUUUCAAUGUAGAAACCGAUCCCGCUGAAAUCCAUGAUCUUGCACAAAGUGAGCCGGGUGUUCUCGCUCGAUUAGUCCAGCAUUGGGAGCAAUAUUAUGCGGAGACGGGGAUGGUGCAGACACCUGUCGUUGACAGGAAGAUGUGA